AUGAAAAAAAAAUAUUUGAGAUAUUUAAUUAUAUCUCAAAAUACAACAGAUAUUUUUACAAUGCAAGUCUAUGUUGAUUACCGUAAUGUUGCAGCUAUCUCUCACAAGAAGACAUUGUCCUAUGUCAACAACUUUGUGAUCAAUACAACACAGUUUUUGAAUAGAUUCAACUAUUUGUGUGAACAGAAACUCACUGACGUUAGCAAUCAGCUGAAUCGUUUGGAGGUGACAAUGUCGCUGCUGGAGAUCAAGUUGGGUUCGAUCGAUGGUUUGGAAUCGCUGCCCACCGCAAAUGCACCAAUCAUGACAAAUACCGCAUCCGGAGCUUCUUCUUCGGCCGCUCCACCACCUCCACCAGGUUCCACAACAACAACAACAACAGCCAACAACAUUUCAAAUGCUUCUGCACCACCACCUCCACCACCACCACCCGGUUCAAUCAGUACCAACGCUGCACCACCACCUCCACCACCUCCACCCGGUUCCUCGGCAGCGGCACCACCUCCACCACCACCACCAUCAUCAUCUUCGGGAUCUUCUUCCGACUCAAAUUCAGCAGCCAUUACCUAUCGUGACGAUCCUCGUUACAAACCAUAUUUCAACCUCUUUGCCAAGGGUGUUCCACUUGUUGCCUUCCAGGGUAAGAUGAUUGCCGACGGUCUCAAUCCAAAUGCAAUCUUGAAUCCAGAUGGAACAUCGGAUGCCGCCCCACCAGCAUCAAGUUCGACAUCCGCUCCUCCACCUCCACCCGUUUUGGAAUCACAAUCAAGUGUUGAUUCAGGCUUGGACGCAUUCAUUAGAUCACCGAAAGCACCACCACCUCCAGUUGUUCCAUCUGACAACAGUGAUGAUAAUAAUGAUAAUGAUGAUGAUGAUGACGACGAUGAUGAUGAUGAUAAUAAUAAUGAUAAUAAUAAUAACAAGAAUAACAAUAAUAAUAAUAAUAAUAAUAAUAGUAGUGAAGAUGUUGAUCUGUCAUCACUUUCAGUACUUCCACCAGAGAUUUCAGAUGAUUUACCAAUUAUUACAUCUACACCAUCUGUUCCACCACCACCAAUGAUUUUCGACAAUAAUAAUAAUAAUACAAAUAAUAAUAAUGACGACGAUGAUGAUGAUGAUGAUGACGAUGAUAUCUUCAUUCCAGCUCCACCAUUAGCAGUCGAUGUUUCAAAUUCCGCUUCAUUGGAAUCAAUGAUUACAAGAAGUCGUCAACACGAUGACGAUGAUGACGACGACGACGAUGAUGAUGACAAUAAUUGGAAUUAA